CGCGGUGUGGCGGAGCGCCAGGUGCGGCUUCCGCGUAGAGAUGGCUGCCGUCCGCCGCGACGGGGUCUGGCUCCCGCCCCGCCGCCGCUUUACCGCCGGGCGCCCGCUGCUGCGCUUCGCCCUCUGCCUCCUGUGCUGCGGCCCGGCGGCUGUGGGCGCCGUCCCCGAGGUCGGGCUCUGGACCGCGACGAUCAGUGACAAAUCAGGACCUUUGAUAUUUAGGAAAACCAUGUUUAACUCUACUGAGAUCAAGUUUUCUGUGAAGUCAUUCAGCUGUCCUGGGCCUAUGAAGUUUACCAUCGAGUGGCAUUUGGAGCAUCAUACCUGUCACAAUGAGUAUUCUGAGUUGGAAGAGCUGUCACAGAAACAUGAACUUCAGGUCACUGAAGACUUUUGUGGUCAUUAUUUCAAGAACAGUGAGUGCUGGACAACAAAAAAUGAAAAUGUAGAGUGCAGCAGUGAUUUACAGGUGUUUCCCCCAUUGAAUAAUAAACAACUAAUAUCAAAUACCGGAAAUGUUUCAAACCAGGAAGGAUCAACAGAUGUUGUAGCCAAAACACAAAGAGAUGGGUUUCAUAUCUUUAUUGUUUCUGUUAAAACAGAAAAAACAGAUGCAAGCUGGAAUUUGAACGUUUCUCUUUCUAUGUUGGGACCUUAUGGAUAUAUCUCUGCAUCAGAUUGGCCUCUAAUGAUUUUCUACAUGGUGAUGUGUAUUGUUUAUAUCUUAUAUGGUGUUCUGUGGCUGAUGUGGUCUGCCUGUUACUGGAAAGAUAUAUUAAGAAUCCAGUUCUGGAUUGCAGCUGUUAUUUUCCUGGGAAUGCUUGAAAAAGCAGUUUUUUAUGCUGAAUACCAAAACAUCAAUAGCAGUGGGCUAUCAACCCAAGGGUUACUGAUAUUUGCGGAGUUGAUAUCUGCGAUUAAGAGGACUCUGGCUCGCCUCCUGGUGAUCAUCGUGAGCUUGGGAUACGGCAUCGUAAAGCCUCGUCUAGGAACCGUCAUGCACCGGGUCAUUGGAUUAGGGGUUCUUUAUUUUAUCUUUGCGGCUGUUGAAGGCGUGAUGAGAGUCAUUGGGGCAAAUGACUCUGACCUUGUGCUUCUGGCCAGCCUCCCUCUGUCUCUCCUUGACUCUGGCUUGUGCUGGUGGAUUUUUAUAAGUUUGGCACAAACUAUGAAGACACUCAGGCUAAGAAAGAACACAGUAAAAUUUUCUUUAUACAGGCACUUUACAAAUACCCUGAUCUUUGCCAUACUGGCAUCUGUAGUGUUUAUGGUGUGGACAACUAAGACAUUUAGGUUUGCAAAAUGUCAAUCAGAUUGGAUGGAACGCUGGGUUGAUGAUGCAUUUUGGAGCUUCCUUUUCUCACUUAUUCUUAUUGUAAUAAUGUUUUUGUGGAGACCAUCAGCAAAUAAUCAGAGAUAUGCCUUCAUGCCUUUAAUAGAUGAUUCUGAUGAUGAAAUUGAAGAAUUCAUGGUAACAUCUGAAAAUUUAACUGAAGGAAUAAAAUUAAGAGCCUCAAAAACAGUUUCCAAUGGAACAGCUAAACCUGCUACUUCUGAUAAUUUUGGUGAAGAUUUGAAGUGGGUGGAGGAAAAUAUUCCCUCUUCAUUCACAGAUGUAGCUCUUCCAGUGUUGGUGGAUUCAGAUGAGGAAAUUAUGACCAGAUCUGAAAUGGCAGAAAAAAUGUUCUCUUCCGAAAAAAUAAUGUGAUGGAACCCAUAUAAAUGAAACCUAUGUAAUGAUGAAGGAUUUCCUCAAGACUAAAAGAGAGCUUUGUUUUGAUAUAGUGCAACAAGUUUUUAUUGCAUCAUCUUGGAAAUCUAUGUAUGAAAAUUAAGAAUUCAGAUGGUAGAAGGGUUCUGUAACCCUUUUUAAACUGACCCUUGAGUGCCAGUUUCAUGUCCAUUAAAUUGCCUACUUGGCAAUGAUCUGAGAGAAGUAUUGUAAUAAAGAUAGAUUCCCAACUACCCUUAGCUGAUGGGUGGCAGACAUGUGGAUUUGGGCAUGUGGGUUCUCUUUUUUUUUUUUUCCUGAAAAAUAUGACAAUUUAAAAUAACUUACAUUACAUCAAUGUUCCUAUUGUUCUGCUGAGCUUCAAAACAGUGAUAUGAUUCUUCUGAGAUGUGGUUAAAGCAGUGUCUCCAUCUAUUGGGUUUAUAGUUAUAAGUUACAAUAAUAAUUCUCUUUGACUUUCAUGCUGAAGUGAUUUGGUAAUAUUGAGUUGGCCAAAAAGUUCAUUUGUUCCAUGAGACGUUACAGGAAAACCUGAACGAACUCUUUUGCCAACCCAGUAAGUGAAACUCGAUUAAUGUUGGAACAUAAGGAUGUAUAUAUGGGUAGUCUUGCUCUGGGUGUGAUGUGUGUGUGUGCACAGGUCUGUGCAAAGGCCUUGGGUGCAGCUCACACCAUGCACAUCAAAUCGUUGAUCUCUGAGCUCAGGGGAACACAGUUCACGGAGAGAGAGGUCCCUUAUGAAAAUCUGCUCCACCUGUCCCCUCCCUUAGGCCAGGUGUGAACGUACUGCUGCUGAAUCUGCAAUGGGACAGGUGGGGUCACCUGGCCACGUGGUUCCACUGGAGCACUUCCUCCCAAGCAAGCUGGGAGGCUCAUUACCAGUGAGCCCUGAGGAAACUAGAACCUUCUAUAUCAUCCUAGCAUGUUUGGUUUUGUAAUAAUACAUGUAUUUAACUGUAUAGUAAGUAUAUCACUAUUAAUCUUGUAAUUAAUUUUUUAACCUUAAAUGACCUUUUAUACAUUAUUUUAUUAUAUAUGUAAUGUGUGAUUUGAAAGUUUAGAAAAAAAAUUUUUUUAAUGCAGAGCAUGCUAAACUUGAAAAGCCAUUGGAAACAGUGUGACGGAAAUGGUAGCUGUUUUGCUGCUUUCCUGACCAAAGAUACAAGGCUAGUGGAUAUUUAGAAUAGGAAUUAAAGUUAGAAUCUUCUGUGUCUUUCUUUGAAGGAGUUCUAACCUUGUGGAGUUGAGGAUGACUUCAGAGUUUUUGAUGAAGAAGCAUCAAAGUCUUAACCAGUACAAACACUUGAAUUAUAACCUUCCUUUAUUUUUUUCUUUCCCAUAGUGAAGCCACAAAACAAAAUGGUUUUUUUCAAAAGCCUAACUUUUGAAUUGGUUUCUCAUUUACUCAUUUCAUAGGGGUUAGUUUAAAAAAAAAAAAAAAAAGAUUUCUAGUAGUAAUGCCUCUUGAAAGGUACUUUCAGCUGUAUUUUCAAUAGUGAAUAUUGGACCCUGUUGUAGGGAGAAAGGCGUGGCUUUCAUCAUGCUUUUGCUUUGGGAUAUCCUUCCCAAGAAAAGAAUGUCUAACAAUGUAGGUUCCCUUCCUUAUUUCUGUUUCUGCCACGAUAAUGGACUCCACCUGAGGUGCUUCCCAGCGUUUAUGUCCAUUUGAGCGCGGUGUAUAUUUUGCCCUCAGCCCAGUUGUUUCCGAGCUGGAGGUGGCCAUUUCCGUCUUGUUCCUGACAUUUGUAUCUGAUACCACUCCCCAGAUUUUGAAGCAGAUUGAUCCCCAACUCACAUGGCUCCAGCUGGAUUCUGAAAUGCAGAGCCCUGGGCUCCCAGCCGCAGAGGUGAUGGGGUGUGAGGAGGGAGUCAGGGGGAAGUGUGCCGGGAUGGGGUAAACGCCUCCGACGUAACCUGGACGGUGCUGAUGAAAACACUUCUCUCUGCAUCUGGCAAGACAAGCAAUGCUGUGCCUGUGUGGCUCAGCUGCGCACCAGCAUGUGGACUUCCCUCAUCAUCUCAGAAGGCAGUCUUUUCUCCUGAUAGCCUCCUCAGAAGUGUUUUCCGAAGGAGGUACACUGUGUCUGUCACCCUCAGCGGUCAGUGUGUUGUCCACUGAUGACUCACAGCCUGAAGCAGGUAUCAGAGGGCCUUCUUGGCCCCCUCACGUGGCCGGGAGGGGGCGCCCCAGAACUGUAGCCUUAGAUCUUGUGAAGGACCCCGGGGAGAAGUCACACUCGGGAACACUGUUACAGCUCAUCACCGUUGCUUCUGCUCAAAGAUCGCAGAAACUGGUGGCCAGGGUCUUUGAGGCUGCCACACCAAUUUAUUCUUAGGAUGCCAUCAGGGUGGGUCUCCCUGUGAUUGCAUGGAUCUGAGGGUAAGAGUCCAAUUCUUUGUGUUUCUAGGCAAAAUGCCUACGUGUUCUUACUGUGCCAUUUGUGUUAGAUUUCUGUGAUGUAUGAAGUUGGCCUAAAAGGGAAUUUUCAUGUUUUAAGUUAGAGGAAUAUUAGUAUCUGCUUUCAAGGAAAGUUCAUUUCAAAAAUAAGGAAAAAUAGAUGAAUGUGUGAAUUUUUUGAGCCCAAGAGAUAAGAUGUUCCUACACUUUUCCUGUGAAGAAAAUAUUUAAAAUCUUUCACAUAUCCUAUACAGAGUACUAGACUUCCCCACUCUAACACAGUAUAUUUGCACUACUGAAAUGUGAAGACUGAAGAUUGUAAAAGAUGUACAUGUGAUUGGUUUUUAUAUCUUUUUUAAAAAGGGGGUUUGAGUCUGCUGCACUAGACUAUACAUAACUGGUUUAUGAGACAUGUUAUACUAGCUUUAUAAGCCCCUAGUGUUGGAACUUGUGUCUUGGUAUGAUCAACAAUGUGUGAUAAGCAAUGCAAAACACCAAGCCUUAUAAGAAAGAAGUUUAAUGUAUUGGUCAAAGUACUAAAGAAUGUAUUUAAGUGACAAAAGGAGAUUUAAAGACAUGUAUAUUAUAACAUAGGAGCUCAAGAAGAAACUUCUUUAGAACUAGGAAAGCAUGUAUUUGGGAAGAAAAUUUAGGGGCUAAAGUUGUAUAUUUUUUAUUUAAGAAAUUAAAUUAUUGUAUAAUUUGGAAGACGUUGCUUUGAAUGUAGCACAAAACUAUUUCAAAGAUUUUUAUUUGAAAAAAACUGAUGUAUUUUUGUGCCUUAAUAUUUGUUCUGACAAUAAAAUGCUUUCUGAGA